UUGACCGGAGGGAGGUCUGGGUUCACUCCAGACCGCCAGCUGACAGCCCGGAGAUCCCCCGAGCCCUCCUCGCCUUGGCACUUCCCUCUCCGGACCCCUAACGCGGGCGAUUUGGUUUGCAGAAAGCACAGGAGGCCCGAGGAGGAGGAGGAGGAGGAGGUGGACAGCGGGAGGAAGAGAGAGAGGGUAGAAUGGAAGAAUCUCACUUUAAUUCUUCCCCGUACUUCUGGCCGGCCGUCCCCACGGUCUCGGGACAGAUCGAGAACACGAUGUUCAUCAAUAAGAUGAAGGACCAGCUGCUGCCCGAGAAGAGCUGUGGGCUGGCUCCUCCCCACUACCCCACUCUGCUGACCGUGCCCGCGGCGGUGCCCCUGCCGUCGGGCAUCAGCAUGGAGACGGACGCCAAGCCCGACCAGCUGGCCCCGCACAGCCAGGCCUCGGUCACCCAGAACAUCACGGUGGUGCCCGUGCCCUCCACGGGGCUCAUGACGGCCGGCCCGGGGCUGGUGAUCACCUCCCCCUCCGGCUCCCUGGUGACCACGGCCUCUUCGGCCCAGACCUUCCCCAUCUCGGCCCCCAUGAUCGUCUCGGCGCUGCCCCCGGGCUCCCAGGCCCUGCAGGUGGUGCCGGACCUCUCCAAGAAGGUGGCGUCGGCCCUGGCGGAGGAGGGGGGAGGGGGCGGCGGCGGCGGCGGGGGAGUGCCACCCAAGCCCCCCCGGGGCCGGAAGAAGAAGCGGCUGCCGGAGUCGGGGCUGCCGGACAUGAGCGAUCCCUACGUGCUGGCCCCGGACGACGAGGACGACCACCAGAAGGACGGCAAGACCUACAGGUGCCGGAUGUGCUCGCUGACCUUCUAUUCCAAGUCCGAGAUGCAAAUCCACUCCAAGUCGCACACCGAGACCAAGCCCCACAAGUGCCCGCACUGCUCCAAGACCUUCGCCAACAGCUCCUACCUGGCCCAGCACCUGCGCAUCCACUCGGGGGCCAAGCCCUACACCUGCUCGUACUGCCAGAAGGCCUUCCGCCAGCUCUCCCACCUCCAGCAGCACACACGGAUCCACUCCAAGUCGCACACCGAGACCGUCAAGCCCCACAAGUGCCCGCACUGCUCCAAGACCUUCGCCAACAGCUCCUACCUGGCCCAGCACCUGCGCAUCCACUCGGGGGCCAAGCCCUACACCUGCUCGUACUGCCAGAAGGCCUUCCGCCAGCUCUCCCACCUCCAGCAGCACACACGGAUCCACACCGGAGACCGGCCCUACAAAUGUGCUCACCCCGGCUGCGACAAGGCCUUCACCCAGCUCUCGAACCUACAGUCCCACAGACGGCAGCACAACAAAGACAAACCCUUCAAGUGCCACAACUGCCACCGGGCGUACACGGACGCGGCCUCGCUGGAGGUCCACCUUUCCACGCACACGGUGAAGCACGCCAAGGUGUACACCUGUUCCAUCUGCAGCCGCGCGUACACGUCGGAGACGUACCUGAUGAAACACAUGCGCAAACACAACGCCCCCGAUCUCCAACAGCAGCAGCAGCAGCAGCAGCAGCAGCAGCAAGCGUCGGCGGUGGCGGUGGCUCAGGCCCAGGCCCAAGCCCAGGCCCAGGCGUCCCAGCAGCAACAGCAGCAGCAACAGCAACAGCACUUCCAGCCCCCCGGGGCGGCUCCUCAGGGAGCGGGAGCCGGGGACAGCAAUCCCAACCCUCCGCCCCAGUGUUCCUUUGACCUGACCCCCUACAAGACGGCCGAGCACCACAAAGACAUCUGUCUGACCGUCACCACCAGCACCAUCCAGGUGGAGCACCUGGCUAGCUCCUAGAGACCCGCCCCUCCCUCUCCCUCCCCCCGCAGAGGAAGAGGCCCCCUCCUCGCUCCCCGCCCCCAGUGAGGGCAGGGCCCGGACCCCCGGCCCGACCGGCCCCGGAGGAGCAGGGCCCCCGGGGCCAGGGAAGGACGCCGGGCCGGGAGCGUGCCCCGGCUUGGCCCCGGGCGGCGGGGCAGCGGCCCGGGCCCUCCCCCUCCCCGUGGCCUGCUCUGCCCCCGCCGUCCCCGGCUCCAGAAGCCGGGGUCCCUCCUCAGGACGGGAGGGGGUCCGAGCGGAGGCAGCGGUCCGGGCGGGCCCGCGGCGGCCCCCGAGGCGGGGGGCCGGGGCAGGGGGGCGCGGACCCGCCGCCGUCAGGAGGUGGAGCGGACCGCGUCCUCGGGCGGCGGAGCUCGGAGUCCCGCCCGCCCACCCCGCCUCAGCCCGCCCUCCUUCCGCCAGCCCCCGUCGUGGCCGCCCCGACGCCAGCCCCCUCGGGGUGGCCGCGGGCCGUCGGCGAGCUGGGGCCCUCCGCCUCAGACUGGAGUCGGCCUCUGAGGUGCCGUGGCCUCCUGCCAGGACACGGGUUUCUAUAUAAAUAUAUAUAAAUAUAUAUAUAUAUAUAUAUAUCCCUCACGGCUGUCUUGGUUGUAACCGUUUCUCUGUUUAUAAAUGCAUUAUCUUGGAGAAUUUUCAUUUUCGAUCCUUUUGGCAUUAUUUUUCCCUUGUCCAUUCUUUUCGUCUUCACUUUCUUCUUCCCCUCCUGCCCCGGAUAUAUUUUAAUUUCCUCUGUCUGCCCCGCGCGCGCGCCCCCCCCCCCCUUUUUUUAAUCUGUAAAUCAUGACAGGUUUCAGAGAAAAGAGAAAAUGGAAAAAAAAAAAAAUCAGAGGCAAACCAAUUGUUAAAAACCGAUUUAAAUAUGAAAAAAAUAAUGUACCAAACCAGGGGUGUUUUUAGAACAUUGUAUAGAAAUAAAUUUGUGUAAAAGGA